AUUUUUGUUACAUAUACAUUACUCAUUUUAUUAUUAUUUUAUUGUAAUAAGCGACAACUUUUGAAAUUUACUACUAGAUAGUGCUUCGAUCAGCACAGAUUUUUACUUGAGAUUUUGUUGCCCAUUUAAACGUGAACUAAAUUCCCUACACGCUUUAGCACGAUAACACUGGUCGUGUCUCGUGGCAAAACUGUAGUUGAUAACCAAAAUGAACUUAACGGUUAAAUAUUUAUGUUUUCUCUGUAUUUUCGCUUUUGCGAAUGCCGGUGGACCAACUUUAGUAUUGCUCGAUAAUCUUGCAAUUAAAGAAACACAUUCCAUAUUUUUCAGAACGUUACAAGAUAGUGGAUAUAGUUUAAUAUUUAAAUUAGCUGAUGAUGCUAAUUUACAACUUUCAAAGUAUGGAGAAUAUCUGUAUCAACAUUUAAUUAUAUUCGCACCAUCCAUAGAAGAAUUUGGUGGUUCUUUAAGUGUAGACGCUAUUACUGAUUUUAUCGAUGGAGGUGGAAAUGUAUUGGUUGCUGGAUCUUCGCAAUCAGGAGAUGCAUUACGUGAACUUGCAUCAGAAUGUGGUUUUGAAAUUGAUGAAGAAGGGGCUUCUGUUAUCGAUCAUAUGAAUUAUGAUGUUUCGGAUAGUGGUUAUCAUACCAUGAUAGUAGCUAAUCCAACCAAUUUAAUUGAUGCUUCCGUUAUUGUAGGAAAUCAAAAAAUUCCUCCGUUAUUAUAUGAAGGAACAGGAUUAAUAGCAGAUGCUAAUAAUCCUUUAUUACUUCGUUUAUUAACUACAGCUAAUUCUGCUUAUUCUUAUAAUCCUAAUAAUCCGAUCAAAGAAUAUCCCCAUGCUGUUGGUAAAAAUACUUUAUUAAUUGGAGCUCUGCAAGCUAGGAACAAUGCUAGAGUUUUAUUUUCUGGUUCACUCUUCUUCUUUAGCGACGAAGCAUUUACAAAAUCAGUUCAAAAAGUACAAGGUGAUCAAAAAUAUGAAAAAUCGGGAAAUGAAGCAGUUGCUAGAGCUAUGACUCAAUGGGUCUUUAAAGAAAACGGAGUAAUACGAGUCUCUGCUGUUCACCAUCACAAAAUUGGAGAAACGCAACCUCCUCCAGCCUAUACAGUAAAAGAUGAUGUUGUGUAUUCCAUCGAUGUAGAAAAACUGUCUGGUGAUAAAUGGGUUCCUUAUGAAACAAACGACCUACAACUAGAAUUUGUGCGAAUUGAUCCGUUUGUUCGCAUGACUAUGAAGCCAACUGGCAAAGGGCACUAUGAAGCAAGAUUUAAGAUUCCCGAUGUAUAUGGAGUAUAUCAAUUUAAAGUAGAUUAUAUUCGUAUGGGUUUAACGCACUUAUAUAGUACAACUCAAGUGUCUGUUCGUCCUUUACAGCACACGCAAUAUGAACGAUUUAUUCCAAGUGCAUUUCCAUACUAUGUCAGUGCUUUUUCAAUGAUGGGAGGUGUAUUCCUAUUUUCUUUAGUAUUUUUGCAUUAUCGAGAAGAUACAAAAACUAAGUCUGAAUAACUUAAUUAUAAAUUAAUCGAAGUUCAAUGAGACACCUUACAUUACAUUGAAGUAAAAUAAACUGUUAUAGAUAUUUUAUAUUGUAUACAAUUGUAUUGUAAAAGAACUAUCUUUUUUUACAUAUACUCUAUGUAAAUUAUAAUAUCUAAUAUUACUCUUAUAAUUAUAAAAAAGUUUUGUGAGUCAAACUUAAAAUGUUGUAAAAUAGAUGAUACUAAUGAAAUGAACAAAGUUAUUAAAGUAACAUACGUUUUAAUAUAUGGGCACUAAUAUGUAAAACUUCUUCUUUUUAUGCAAUGUGAAAGAUUACUUAAAUUCAUUACACUUGUAUCAUUAAUAUGCGAAUAAAAAGAAAUGGCACUGAA